AUGGCAGACAGUGGCGACCACAAGGCUCGCCAGGAGAUGCUCGACCUGUGGCGCGUCUACCGCACCACCAAGGAGAUGUGCAGAGACAGGGGCUACAACGUUCUCCCCGAGGAGUGCAACAUCUCGUUCGACGACUUCGCGCGCAAGUUCGGCACCGAGAGCGGCCAGAUAGCACGCGGCCAGAUGAACUUCUCCACCAUCCCCUCCGAGGACAUGGUCCGCAAGUACACGCCCCCCGCGACGCCCAAGGUGCCCCACCCGGAACCCGCCAUCGGCACGCUCUGGGUCGAGUUCAACGCCGACGAGAACAUCGGCAUGAAGAACCUGCGCGAGUUCAUCACGCACCUGCAGAACGGGUCCUACUACUCGGGCAUCAUGAUUGUCGUGAAGCCGCUGUCGGGCAUGGCCAUGCGCGGGAUCCGCGGCGCGCAGCAGCUGUCCGGCGGCAGCGGCCCCAAGGGCGGCAUCGAGGUCUUCCUCGAGCAGGACCUCAAGAUCAACAUCACAAAGCACGAGCUCGUGCCCACCCAUCUGCUGCUCAGCACCGAGGAGAAGGCCCAGCUGCUCAAGCGGUACCGCCUCAAGGAGACGCAGCUCCCGCGUAUCCAGGUCACGGAUCCUGUCGCCAAGUACUACGGCCUGAGGAGGGGGCAGGUCGUCAAGAUCAUCAGGAAGUCGGAGACGGCGGGCCGCUAUGCGAGUUACCGCUGGGCCAUAUGA